CCCCCGACGCGUCUCCAGUUGACCGUGAAUCGCGAGUGGUGUAUUUCAGGAAAGGAACCCGGUAAUUUUUUCCAGCGAGAAACCCGAUUUCGUCGGAGCCGGUCGCUCUCGCGAGGUGAAUCUGGGCUAUGAAUGAAGACCCAACCCUUCCAUUUCGAGGUCUUGAUAGUGUUGCUAUUGUCCGUGAUACCCUGGCCAGGACCAAGCGUGUUUAAAAUAUCAUGCCCCCGCGAUCGGGCGACCGUGGUGAGGAGGAUCGUUCAGAAGAGAUGGAUGCCCAUCCUGAAGAAGUAUCAAGUGGAGCUGCCUCUGGAGUGCCCGUUCCACGAGAGCAGAGACAUUUUUCGGCCCCAGCAACGGGCGAAGCACCAGCACAGACCGUCACAAUGGACCUGUGGCCUUUGCGGCAAGUCCUUCUACGCGGAGAAACACCUGGAUGCCCACUUCGAUAACAGACACAAAAGUAACGUCAACACGGCGGAGGACGCGGUGUGCCUCGCGGACUAUUGCGACAUCAUGAGGUGCGACGUGCUGGGUAACCGUGAUUUCGAGAGCUCGCUGGUGGACGACGAGGCUGGCCACCAUAGCACGGACAUUCAAGUGUGGAAGGAGAACACGGAACAACGUCCCACCUCCGUGAUGCCGUGCAACGCGCGUGGACUCUCCAGGUCGUAUCCGGUGGAGAAGUCCUGCACGAUAUCCGGGGGCGGGGCGGUGACGAACAUCCAGCGUUACUGUCACCGCGAGGACAGCGGGGCCCUGGAGAACCAUCGGUUACCCGGGACGGCGUACCACGUGGAGAUCGCCGGGCCCGACAACAAGAGCAACGCCUGCGAGAACGAGGACGAGGACGAGGAGGAGGAGGACGAGGAGGACGACGAGGAGAACCUCGUGGAGGCGGCUCUGCCCGCUGUCGACAAGAGGCAACGGCGCAGGGGGCUACACCUCAGGAAGCUCAAGUCCAACUGCAAGCCAGAGGAGCUCCAGAAGCUCAAGCUCCAGUGCGAAAUACUCGUUCGCGAUUGCAUUGCUGGACUUUUGACGAAUCUCUCGAUACGAGAUUUCCAAGAGAUCGAAGGGGAGCUGAACCGCGCGAUAUGCUGGUACCUUAGCUGCGACAGGUAUUGGGAGGACACGAAAAGGCAACAGAGGCACACACCUUGGUACCUGCUCACUAUUUUCCUGGUCGUUCUGUCCUCGUCCGUUUAUGCAUGCUACUACGUCAUCUGGAUCCUGUUCAAUUCCGCAGACGAGGACAGACUGGACGGUCCCGGGGGUCAGGACUACACGGACGGCGAGCUCACGGCUACGUCGCCGUUGCACGAUCCGAAUGGUCCCGGCGAGGGUAGAUCCGGGGAGAGGCGGAAGUGCGACCCGGGGGACAACAGCUUGGCCGUGCCCAACGAGGACAUGCCCGACCACUUCAUCUACGUAGCCUAUCCACCCGAGCUAAAGCGGCGAUUACUGGAGAGCUGCUACAACAGAACCACUCGACUCUGAGCGACUCGGGGGGAUAGAAGGUUGGGCAGACAUUCGACCCGGAGACACGACAACCGCCUCGAUCGAUACCAUCUGUCGGGUCCGCGGCUGACACCUUUCUUAAUUUUCCCUCCCCCCCUCGACCUUCGUGUUUUGUA